GUUUUUCGUGCAUUCUUCGUUCACCCGUCUGAGAACAUCCGCUCUUGUGAGCCCGGUUUUGCCUGCGUCUUUGGGAGCCAAGUUCGUGCUGUUCAGACAUUUCAAAAACUCGCCUGGGACCCUUUGAAUUACGUGCGCUUCCUCCAUCUCGUCCAGGACGUUGUAAAACCACGAUUUCUGGUUCUCUGUGAGCGGGCGCUGUGACAUGCGCGUUGGUAACUUGAUCUUCGGGUCGACGUCAAUGUGGUGUUUCCACCAGUCCACGAAUAGGACCUCCGACAUUGACAGGGCAAACACAUCCGCGUAUUCUCUGACAAGCGCAACCACUUCUUCUCUCUGCCCCGUCGUCAGGUCCGUCCCAAUUUGAACUGCGUCUAUGAUCUUGCUGACUCGUUCCUUAUUGAACGGGUCCGUCGCGCGGAUUGACUUGUUUGCACCACGGUCGAUCUCGAAGCCCUCUGAGCCCGUGGCCGUGUUCGCCGAGAAUAUCGUUUCAGCUGUCUCUGUCGCUUGCUCCCCGUCCAAGUCCGCUGUUCUCUCUGUGGUAAUGGACCUGAGUUCGUCCAGCCUCGAUCGAAGGUGUCGCAGUCUUUGAUCGGACCGGCGAAGCUUGGUUUCGUUGUCUUGUCUACCCGAUGUCCGCCAUAGCGCCGCUAUCACCGCUUCCCUCCGUCUCAUCCUCCAUCUUGCUGCAUCUGUCUCUGUCCUUUUCUCCCUCACCUCCUUUGCUGUCCCUCCUCGUUUGCUUUCCUCAUCCUGUGCCUCUUCGCUCCGUCCUUCGAUGUCCAGGGUCUGCUCUGCUCCCUCUGCCGCUGCCUGCGUUUGCUUCUGGUCUCCGCCUCCUGGCUGCCUUGUUCUGGUUCUGUCGCCCGCCGACUGGGUUUGUGGGACGCCUCCUGCCGUCGUUGACGUGGUGUGUUCCUUCCAACCUUGCUCUGGUGGGCUGUGUACAAGGCAGCGCUGAGGGGGACUGGGGUGGUUGGGCAUCCUGUGGUGCGUCUUUCGGCUCAUUCUUUGUGGACGGCUCGCACGCUGUGUAGCCACGGCUUCCCUAGGAUCACGUCGAAUGCCCCGCCGCCCUGGAAUACCUCAAACCAUGCUCCUGUCGUCACUCCGCCCACUGAUACUUGGCCCCACCACCGUCCUCUUGGCGUGAUGCGUUCACCACUUGCUACCUUGAGGAUUGUUCUUGAUGGGGCUAGCUUGCCCAAGCACUGUCCGUAUUGGGCCCAUCGUUCCGUCGAGAUACAGUUCCGCAUGGCUCCGUUGUCAAUCUGCGCUGUCAGGCGGACUAUGUUGCCUGCGUCGUUGGUGAGGCGGAUUCGCUGGUAAAACGGUUCGACGGCGGUUUCUGGGAGGGAUCCCACACUCAGUAUGGCGCUAGGAAGGGGUGCCCUAUACUCGAGAAUCCGUGUAUUCGUUGGUUGGCCUAAUACAAAUGGUAUUUCCGA